AUGUCUCUCUACGAUGACCUCGGUGUGGGUGCCAGCGACACAAAAACCGAGGGCUGGUCCAAGAACUUCAAGCUGCUGCAGUCCCAGCUGAAGGUGAAGAAGGCUGCUCUGACCCAGGCCAAGACCCAGCGGAUGAAGCAGACCACUGUUUUGGCUCCCGUUAUCGACCUGAAGAGAGGAGGCUCCAGUGAUGACCGACAGAACACGGACACGCCUCCACACGCGACUGGACUCAAGGAUGCACUCCCCACCGGUUUCUCCUCCGGCGACGUCCUGAUCCCGCUGGCAGACGAGUACGACCCCAUGUUCCCCAACGACUACGAAAAGGUGGUGAAGCGUCACAGAGAGGAGCGGCAGCGGCAAAGGGAGCAGGAGCGGCAGAAGGAGAUCGAAGAGAGGGAAAAGAAGAGGAAAGAUAGGCAUGAUGGGGGAGCCCCAAGCGGUUUCUCUCGUUUCCCGGCAGCAGAGGAGGACUCGGACGAGGAUGAUGAGUACGAGAAAGAGCGGAGGAAACGAAGUAUGGGCGGAGCAGCCAUCGCUCCUCCUUCAUCUCUUGUGGACAGAGAUGGUCCCGCUGCGUUUUCCUACGACGAUGACGCGCGUCCCUCCAGAGGCUCCAAGGCCGCCAUCCCUCCACCGAUGUACGACGAUGACCGACCGCGUUCGCCGCCAGGGCCCACCAGCUCCUUCCUGGCCAACAUGGGAGGUACGGUGGCCCAUAAGAUCAUGCAGAAGUACGGUUUCAAAGAGGGCCAGGGCCUGGGGAAGCACGAGCAGGGUCUGAGCACGGCGCUGUCCGUGGAGAAGACGAGCAAGAGGGGGGGCAAGAUCAUCAUAGGCGACGCGGCAGAGAAGCCAGGUUCCAGCCAGUCAGGUGCAGCCGAGACUUCAAUCGGAGGCUUCCCAGCGGACUCCAAGAAGUCUGAGAUGAACCCACUGACGGAGAUCCUGAAAAACCCAACCAAAGUGGUUCUGCUGAGGAUUGCCGAGGUGCCAGAUGACGAAGCCGUCAGGAUAUUUCUCGAGUUCGAGAGGGUGGAAUCCGCAAUUAAAGCCGUGGUGGAUCUAAAUGGACGUUACUUCGGGGGCCGAGUCGUGAAGGCCUGCUUCUACAAUCUAGACAAGUUUCGGAUUUUGGACCUGGGCGAGCAGGUGUGA